GAGGGUAGUAAUAGGUUUUCUUGUAUACUGCAGAGUUCGGGGGGUUGGGGUUCCCACUGUGAAUAUGUUUAAACAUUUUUUUAUAAUUAAGGCUGGGGGUGGAGGAGAAAAGGGGUGGUAUCACUUCGGUCUUCGGUCGUCCAGCAAAGAGAAUAAGAAUUUAUUCUCUCCUGGGCCGUCAUCCAUCAAAGGAUGGAAAGAAAAUUUCUUCUUUGUGGAUGACACCAAGUGGAGUAGGAGGGAUGCCGAAGUGGAACAGUUGUCUGCUUGGAAAGCGAAGAAAUCCAAGCAGAACAACUAUAAGUUGAACGAGGAUGAGGUGGAAGAAGUGAAGAAGCUGGUGAGGGAGGACGGAGACGUGGUGGACAUCCUAUACCUCACCAGUCCACAGGCAAUAGAGGCUGCUGAGCUCUAUGGGCCAAGCUCAUUGAGCGAAGCUGAGAUGGAGGAGUUUACUAAUGCUGCUGGGGGGCUGCGCAUCCCAAAGAAGCCAAGGAAGAAGUCAACGACUUCAGCUGCGGCGAACAGAGGGGUGCCCGAGAGAGAGCGCCUUCCCAGCACUUCUGCCUGGGCCAUGGAGGUGCAGCCAAGGCCGGAGCCUGAGAUAGGGGGCAGCGAGGAUGUAAGCGAGGAGACGGCUCCGCUCCAGAGGAAGAAGAGGAGGGUGGCAGAGCUAGAAAGCAGGGGGGAUGAGGUGGUGGAGUUCAUGCCUCAACCUUCUCCUCCAGAAAUCGUUCCUGAGGUCCGGGAGAGGGAAGAGGCCGAGGUGCAAGGCCUUAGUGGGGGCAGGGAGCGCACCCCACCCCACGCGUACCAGAAAAGUUUGUUUGAGGCGACAAACAUGACUGGGGCGAAGCACUUUCUCAACGCUACGCUUCCUGACGUGGAUAGGAUGCAAGCGAAGAACGAGGUGCUUAGCCAUGCGGGGUAUACCGUUGUGAGGCAUGCCCUAGAGAGUGCGAGCUGGACGAACGCUCUAGCGCAGGAGUAUACAGAGAGCGUUAGAGAUCGUGCCAGCUUGCAGAGGCAGUGCGAUGCCCUGCGAAAGGAGAAAGAGGAGCUGCAGAAGGAAAAGAGGGAGUUGCAGAAGAAAAACCAGCAGAUUCAGAGGAGGCUAGAUGAGGUGACACCAACAGUGACCGAGCUCCAGAGUGAAAACAGUGUCUUGAGCACGAAACUGUCUCUUGAGGAACGCAAAAGGAAAAUUUGCGAAGAGAAGCUCGAGACUCAAGACAAAUAUAUCGAGAGCCUGAAGAAAGGGGCAGUGGAGCUGAAGAACAACGUGGAGCUGUUGGUGCACAACGGGAUGGAGGGACAUAUUGGCAACUUCCUCAACUCCAGCACCUUCGAGGGCAUCCUCAAGCUGUACCGACUGCCAACCGCCAUCCUGGCCUUCACCGACUGUAGAAAGAAGGUGAAGGCCCAGUACCCAGAGGUGGACGUGACAACGGUCACCUUUGGGGAACAGGAGGAAGGAGUGGAGGAAGAUGGCGAGAGUCUUUGUGCGGACUUCCGUCCUCAGAUUACUCUGAGGUGGGAGCGUGAUGUAGAGGGGCGCACCAUUUUUCCUCCAACCUUUGAUGCUGAGUUGGUGGCCGUGGAGGGAGAAGAAGAAGAAGAAGAAGGAGCGUUAGGCGCUGGUGUUGGGGAUCAGGCAGCAAUGGCCGAAGUGCAGCCUCCCGAGGUGCAUCCAGUCUCCUCUAACAAGGUGCAGCAGCUGGCCCCUCCUAAAGAAGAAGUGCCACCUCAGCCUGCUGAAGAUGAACCCAGAUCCCCACCUUUUCCUACUGAGGAGCAGCCUCCUCCUCCAGCAGAGUAGUUUAGGAUUUUCUUUUCAUUAUUGAUGUAAAUAACAUUGUUAUAUUUAAUGUAAAAUUUUUGAAUUGAUUAUUGUCUGGUGUUCGAGUUUUAAUUUGUGAUUGAUGAUUUCCUUUGAGGAACUUUUUAUGGUAAAAUAUGUUAACUGGAAUUAACACAAGGUUCUGAC